ACACAAAAUGGCUAAGAGAACCCAAAAAGUUGGCAUUGUAGGUAAAUAUGGUACCAGAUAUGGUGCUUCAUUAAGAAAGCAAGUCAAAAAGAUGGAAAUCACCCAACACGGUACCUACACCUGUUCAUUCUGUGGUAAAGAUGCUGUUAAACGUACUUCCGUCGGUAUCUGGAAAUGUAAUGGUUGCAAGAAAACUUUAGCUGGUGGUGCCUGGACCAUGAGUACCGCUGCUGGUGCAACUGUUAGAUCAACUAUCCGUCGUCUUCGUGAACUCAACGCUUAAAUUUCUAAUAAUAAAAUUUUUAAGUAUAUAU